AUGAGGUUAGAGAACGUGGGGGCAGUGAAGUUGUCAAAUGUCGAGAAUGCGUGUUCCAUGAUCGGGAGUGGUGAGGAAAUGAAAUGCACUGUCUGGGAUGACCACGUUGAUAAGGUCGAUUCUUGGUACAAAAAAAGUGCCACUGAUCCUGUCAUUAUUUUGAUACAAUUUCGUAGGGUAAAAACUUGCGUCAACACCGGGGAAACUAAAAUUUCAUCUUCAUAUGAUGCGACUCAAUUAUUUAUAAAUGAAGACAUUCCUGAAAUAAUUGAUUUUAGGGAAAGUAUGGGUGGUAAGAAGACUCCUAUGCGGAGUAUUUGUUCUAACACAAGUCUUUCUCCUGCCAAUACUUUUGACACUUUCAACCGUGAGUCUAUGAUUAUGAGUACCAUAAGUGAUGUGUAUGAGAAAAGACCGUUUGGAGAUUAUUGGGUUGUCGCGAAGAUUGUUGGAAUAGAAAGUGGUUUGGACUGGUGUUAUAAAACAUGCAAAACACGGGGAUGUAACAAAAACCUUUCCUUGAAUAGUAAGGGCUUCUAUGACUGUUACAAGUGUAAAAGAACAUGGGGAGAAGGUAUUUUGAGGUACAGAAUUAAAGUGAGAGUUGUUGACAGGGGUGGUUAUGCACCAUUUCUUUUAUGGGACAAGGAGUGUAAGGAAUUGAUAGGAUAA